AUGCAUCCCCCUACCUCCACCAUCGCCCCGGAUGCCACCGCUGUCGUCCAAUACGCUCUCUCGGACUGGGAGAGGACCAACUACUACAACGGUAUCUCUGGCGACCCUCCUGAGCUCCUCUACCGCUCGGAUCUCCUCGAAAAUCCCUUCCCCAUCCCCAAGGGCAGACACCCUCAUCUCCCUACCAAGACUGUCCAUGGAGUCUUCAACACGCCGCUCAACGCUGUCUGGGACACUGUCGCUCCUCAGAUCUGCGAGUCAUUGAAAGCUCGGAACAUUCGCUACUCGGUCAUCACGACAGCUCGUUUCGUCACCCACGGCGAGGAUGGGAAUGACACUAUGGGUCCCGUCGUGAUUUGGAUUGCAACUCAUCCCACUACUACCACCGCCGAGAACGCGCACGACGCUUCUCCAGACAUCAUCGCUCUCCUCAAGGCCAACGGAGUCGAGGGUGCGGUGGUCGAAUGGUACGAGGGAGCUGUAGAGAGGCUGUUAGGUCCACACCUUCUGCGCACCACCGACGACACCAACCCCACCAACCAUGUCCGUCGCUUUCUCAUUGCUGCGCUCGGCAUGCCUAUCGCUGCUGCGGAGAGGGAGGCCGAUGAUGCUCAGGGUAGCGUCGCGCUGUUCUUCCACGAGAAAAAGGACAAGCACGGCUCCCCUAGCGCCAGGGUCUUCGGUGUUAGCAACUGCCACGUUCUCCGCGAGGACACCACCGUCGAGUACGAGUUCAAGGGCGCUGACGCACCUCCCCAGCAUGUUCGACUUGCCGGAUUCCGUCGAUUCCAGCGCGGCCUCGAUGAGGUCAAGGCCUGCAUCGGUGGCUACGGAAUUGACGCCGAUCUAUUGGCUAGGGAGAUUGCUGAGUUGGAGGCGAAGCCGAAGAGCGAUGACCCGGACGAGGCGGCGGAGGACGAGACGGCCGUGGGGGCUAAGCGGGAGAAGUUGGCCAAAGUGAAGAAGGAUAUCGGUGUAUUCGAGGCCUUCUACAAGGACACUAAAAGCCAGUGGGGUGAUAUUGCGUGCCGAAACAUCGGUCACGUCGAUUGGGCUCCCAAGAUCUCUGUCGACGUCCAGGAUCGCAAGUACACCAAGGACAUUGGUACGUUCGAGGUUGAUGCGGCGAGGUUCAAGGCCCAGUUCAAGGGCAACGUCGUCAACUUAGGAGACAAUUUUACUCCCCAACAACUCACCAACAUGUUUUACCCUCAAAGUGUCGGUAGAACAGCGUUCAAGUUCCCUACAAAUCGCCAGCUCAGGAUCAACGGUUGUGUCACGCGCGAGCUCCUGGCUGUUCCCGACUGUUUCGACAACAGCGGCGAGCCCUGCCUUAUCGUCAUGAAGGAUGGCAACACCACCGACCUCACGGUCGGACGCUAUGCCGGCCUGGAGGCCUACCUUUGCGAUGACUUUGGCGUCGAGUCCAUCGAACUCGCCAUCUAUAACUACGAUAGGCAGUCCGGCCCGUUCUCCGCCAAGGGCGACUCGGGCUCGCUCAUCUUCGAUGGCGAGGGUCAUAUGGUCGGUAUUCUCCACUCUGGGAUGCCGAAAGGCGGGAGCAACCACGUCACCUACGCCACCCCCGCCUGGUGGGCCAUCGAGCAGCUCAAACUCAAGUAUCCGCACGCCGACUUCGAUCGCACCGCCUUCUAAACGCACACACCAUCGCCCCUAUCCAUCAUGCAAUAACACCGUCGGCGAUGUCAGUUCCGCGACUCGUCCACGUGGGGAAGCAAAGUCAAUAAGCGCCGAUAUCCACCUCACAUACCACGUCGUGCAUUGCCUGUACGUGAUUUGUCGAGAUGUGUUGUAUAUCGUAGUUUUCACUGGCAAGAAGGGCCACGACUGUCGCACCGAUCGUCGCCCCAGGAGUGACGAGGGUGGGCAAAAUCUACCGUCAUAUAUUGGCUGCCCCGAAAGUAGUACGUGCAACCGUCCCAGCAGCGAAGCACCAUCAUGUCAAUGUUACUCGUGAACAGGUUUGUAAAGCCAAUAUUUCUGCGGAGAUUUAUUCCAAUCGUUUACUAUCUCGUACGGUCCCUCCGAUAUUUCUUUGGUGCGAUUGCGAUCAAUGACAACACAUUGCUCACCCUAAAAAACAUGUACACUUUUGCUGCCUACAGCCAUCGCGCAAUCGAUCGCAAAGCGAUGGACUCUGGAAAGCGCAGGCCAGCAAUAUGUCCACAACGUCGGGCCCCUGAUCUCGUUGGUAUCGAUGUUCGCGAGGAUGUAAACGUCGCGAAGGGAACAAAAUAGACAUUCAAAGUGCUGCCCUUCUGUGACUAGGCUGCAUUCACUUCAUGAAAGCCGAACGUGUCUGCGAGCUUGAGCGAUGGGGUGGACGACGGCUUACCACACGUCCGUCUUAUGUUGUUCAACCUUGCGUGCAGCGUAAUGGUUUUGAUGCCUGCAUACCGUGUAUGUAGCUAAACAUAGAGGUACUACUUUGCUCGAGAGUCCUUCGG